AUGGAAGCCCACCUCCGCCUCUCCGCAGCCGCAGCCGAGUUCCCAGUUAUCUCGUUCGGCACGGGCUCUCUAGUCCGCCUGCCAGGUCCCACAAUCACCCAGCCGAAUGUGUACAGCUUCAACACGACCUCCUACAACCAGAUGUGGGAAGAGCUGGCCAGCAAAGACGAGCGCCUGUACCGCUCAAACGGUAUCUUGAACAUGCUUGACCGCAACCGCAAUUUGAAAUGGGGUCCCGAGCGCUUCCAGGAUUGGGUGCCCGGUCUGCCGCGUGUGGACCAUGUCUCCAAGGGUGACAAGGGCGCGCUCGGCACGGAAGCCGGUGUCGUCGAUGUGAUCAUCACCUGUGAAGAACGAUGCUGGGAUGCUGUCGUCGACGACUUGAUGAACAAGGGGAAUAAUCUCAACCGACCUGUUCAUGUCUUCAACGUCGAUAUCAAGGAUAACCACGAAGAGGCCCUGUUGGGAGGCAAGGCAAUUCUCGACCUGGCCAAUGCUCUCAAUGAAGCGGCUGUUGAGCAGCGGGCGGUGCAUGGGUCUGGGGGCUGGGAGAAUGGUACUGGUGCCGCGCGCCAGAGCUUCGAUGAGCGUGUUCCGGAUAUUCUGGCGAAUUGGCAGGAGAAGAAUCCUAACCUGCCUGCUUUGUGGACGCUUGCUUGGUUGUAG